AUGGACCUGUUCGUAUUCUAUCCUCCCUCAAGCGUGCUCAUCUGUAAGCCAUGCGGCUACGCUGUCCGGCCUAUUUCGCUGUAUACCCACAUUAGAGUCCAUCAUCUCCACGAUGCGCGCGAUGCUGCUACAAAUUUGCUUGCGAAAUAUCUCUGCGAGCGAUACCAACCCGCCAAUCUAUCUACAACAAAGCUCCCAACGCCACCUGCAACAAACCCGCCUAUUCCUGAGCUUCGACUCUAUCGCGGCUACCAGUGUACGCGCUGCAGUUUUGUGCUACGCUCAGAAGGAAAAGAAGCCAAAGCCUCCAUGGGAAAGCACUUCAACAUACACCGCCUUGUACCACGCAAGCCCGGCCGGCAAGCCAAGAUUGCGGGCAUAUCAGCUACGGACAGUGAGCCUAUGUUCACUAAGGUCUACUGUCAGCGCUUCUUUGCCUCUGGCGCGCAGAGCUCCUUCUUCACAGUCAACGUCCCAGAUCCAGUGCAGGAGCUGGUGAAGAGUAGACCAAGAGGGCACGCCGACAUCUUCCGAGCCCUCAUCGACGAGCAGCUCAAGGCCGGGAACGACGAGCAGGACGCUUGA